AAUAAUGUCAAAAGAGGGUGGGUAAUACAGAAAGAAUAAUGUAAAGAAAGGGGGAGUAGUAGAGAAAAAGUAAUAUUGAAACAGAGUGAGUAGUAUAAAAAGAGUAAUGUUUAAAGACAGGGAUGGGAUGCAGAGAGAGAGAUGACGUGGUAACAGAGCAAAGAGGGAGAGAAAAAGGUCAACAGCAGUUCAAAUAAAGUCUAACGUGUAUUCUGUAAUAAAGUGAGUGAAGUGAAAGACUGAAAGCUUCUUCACGUGGCUCUCACUCGUGUGAGGCACUCGUUUUGUGUAUACUCUGAACAUAUAAAAGAGGAAAAAGCCGACGUCACGCAAUUUGGAAAAGACACGAUAACAAGAUAAAACAACAGCAAACAUAUAAACGAACUUUAUAUAUUUUCUGAAAUGUCUUCGUCAGUUGACAGCAAGAUGGACCUGAAGGCUGGACAUCCACCUGCAGUUAAAGCAGGAGGCAUGAGAAUUGUCCAGCAUAAACGACCAACAGAUUCUAAGGUAUCAGAUACGCAACUCACUGCUGAAGAGCUGGAGCAGUAUGGUGUUAGUCCUAAAUCUGACAAGAAAAAUCAAACACUAAUUGUAUCGGGUGCAGUGAUAAAGGGUGAUCGUGACUUUCCUGAAGUUACCAAGACAUUCCAUGAUAAACCUCUACCUAUACAUGAGAAACGUCCUAUGCAAACACAGCAUCCAAUUCAACAGCCAAGAAAGUAGAGGACUGUGAGCAGAUUUGUGAUGAGAAGAAUCAGUCUUCAGUGCUUCCUCUGUGUGCCUCCAUCCACUAAAAUCUAUUGAUAUAAUCCCCCAAAAUACAUAUCUACAGUUUUUCAUAUUUGAUUUCAUUAUUAUUCUUUUACUUCCUCUUUUUUGAAUUCAUUAUACUUUUCUCUUAUAAAUUUUUGGCCUUGUGCCUAAGUUAGAAAUUGUUUGAUUAUUCUAUAUACUCUGAAUUUAAAUCCUGCCAGGGCCAACUUUACUUUUCUUCUGAAUUCAAGAAAAUAAGGACCAGUCAAGUAUUGUGAUCUAUGCAAUCGACUACACCCUUCCCUUAAUGUGCUAAAUUAGAAAUUGUUACCAGCACAAUCGAGGGCAAUAGGUUGACAGGGUCAGUAGAGCAUUGAACAAAAUGCUUUGCAGUAUUUAUGUUCUGAGUUCAAAUCCUGCUGAGGCCAAACUUUGCCUUUCGUCCUUCCAGAAUUCAUAAUAUAAAGUACCAGUCAAGUACUAUGGUUGAUGACAUCAACUUAUCGCCUCCCCUUCAAAAUUGCUGGCUUUGUACCUAAAUCAGAAACCAUCAUUAGAGUGGUAGAUUGGCAGAAUCAUGAAACCAUCAGGCAAAAUGCCUCGUGGUAUUUGUUCCAGCUCUUUACAUUCUGAGUUCAAAUCUUGCCAAUGUCAGCUUUACCUUUCAUUCCUGUAGGUUGACAAAAUAAAGUACCAGCUAGGUACCUGGGUUGAGGGUAAUAACUAAUGCCUCCACCCACCAACUUCUAAAUAGCUGGCUUUGUACCUAAAUCAGAAAUAAUAAUUAUUAUUAUUGUUAAUGUUCUUGAGAAGAAAUUAAUCAAAAAUUCAAAUUUACUUUUAAUAAUUCUUUUAUGUGCAGUGAGGGACAUUGUUUUUUGGUUUCUAUUCAUUAUUCUUUUGAAAAAUUUUCUUUUCAUAUACUUCAGUGUCUUUUAUCUUUAUAAAAUUAUUUGGUAACAAAGAUCAAACUGAGUGGGGCAGAAACGGUUCAGUGCUGGAACUAAAUGCUUUGUGCUAUUUAGUUACGUCCCUUUACAUGUGUGACCAGUUCAAAUUUGUGAGAGGCAAGUUUUCUUUUUGAUAUGAUGAGGGUCAAUAAAAUAAGCACCAAUAGAAGCAAAGAAUAAGGUGAGGGGUCAGUUCAAUUGAUUUCACUUCCCUACUAAUUGUGUGAGAAAUCAUUACUACACUUACAUUUUAUUAAUAGUUGGCAGCUCUUUAUAAACACUAACCAGGUCUUCUUCAGAAAGCAUUUCAAUGAAGAAAGUAUCUUAACAGAAGUCAACUCUAUUGAUGACAUAUAUGUGUGUGUGUAUAUGUACAUAUACAUACAUACACACAUUGAGUGUUCUUUAUUCAUGAUGUCACAUACUGACAUAAGAUUGUAUGUUGUACCAUGUAUACAUGUAAACAGUAUAAUAACUUUUCAUGUGACUUUUACCUCACAGCGUAAAGUUUAUUCAUUGACAUGAACAUUUUCGUGUUGCUGUUUGCUGGCACAGACUAUCACUAGUUUCCUCAGUUUCUACUAUUUCAUACACACACAUGUUUAUUUUCCUUCAAAGAAAACCACAUUGCAGUAAUUGUAUCCAUUAUACAGGUGUAAAAUUAGAU